CCACUUCCUCCACCUCCUCCAUGUCGUCCACAUCCUCCACCUCCUCCACUUCUUCUUCCUCCUCCACUUCCUCCACCUCCUACUCUUCCUCUCUAUCUAGCCUCCAGUCCUUCUCUGUGCCCCCCCUGCCCUCUCCACUCCUCCCCUACCCAAGUUUCCUGGCCAAGAAGGGGAUGUGCACCUUUAAAAUCCUCCCAGCCAAAUCCAGCAAGGACCCAAUCGUUAUCACCUGCUCUAAAGUUCCCUCCAAGCCCCCCAUCAAUGUGGUGAAGACCUCAGGCUCCUUCACCCUCCUCCAUCCUCAACCCCCUGCGUCCCCCAUGAACCUCGUAUCCCACAGACCCUCCGCAGCUCCCGGGGCCGAGCCUGGGGUCAAAACAGUGACAGUGUCUGCGGUCCCUGCGGGUCCCAGUGGGAUGUUAGUCCAUCAGAGACCUGCUUCACCUCAAACCACCACCACCACCUUCCACACCCCUGCAGGGAUCACUCAAAGACCCCCACCUACUCCUCCAGCACCACCAAGGUCCGAGGUCACACCCGUACCCCCUCUGAACCCCCCAGGUGACAUGAUCAACCCAGAGCCGAAGCUGGCCUGCGACCUGGUGGACCAGGACAUCAUCUGUCUGGAUGAUGAGAUGGCGACCAUGGAUAUGGUGGGCGGAGCUAAGCAGUCAGUAGAUGUGGUGGAGCUUGAUGACUGGGUGACCAGCGACACAGAGAACUCGUCAGACUUCAGGGACGAGACGGACACUGAGGAGGACAAAGAGGCGAUAAGCACCAACAUGUGCAGAGCACAGAAGAGUGGACCGUCGACCUCUGAGGGUGUUCCUCUGCGGCGUCACGUUCAUAACACGCUGGAGAAGCAGCGUCGAGCGAGGCUCUGUCAGCUGUUUGAACGUCUGAGGACAGAAGUGGGACUGAAUGAGAGGAAGACUUCAAAGGUGUCCACACUGAAGAAGGCGGUGCAGGUGAUCCAGGAGCUCACAACAACUAAAGCCAAUCUCAGGAAGAAGAAGAGGAGGCUGAAGAAGAGGAGGGAUUUCUUCCUCAGCGUCAUCGCUCCGAGAACAGAGGAGAGCAGGCAGGUGAACAGCGGACGCCACGGGUCACCUGCGUCUGAGACGGGAAGGAAAGACGCAGGUGUGAUGGAGGAUCUGCUGGGCAACACUGGCGAGCUGACGGACGACUCGUCCGAUGAGGAGCAAACCGCUACUAAAGCUCAUCAGGAAAUCCAGAGUCUGCAGAAAGAGAUGGCGAGACUGAAGAGUAUGAAGAUGUGUCUGAACCAGCAGAGGGACGUCUACAUCAGGCAGAUCUCCCAGAGAUCAGGUAAAAGUGAGCAGAGAAUCCUGCGGAAGCUGCAGCGACUGUCAUCCAAACAGAGGAAGCUGGAGAGGCAACACCAGGCAGCCAAUCGACUGCCGGCAGCAGCAGGGGGUGGAGCUUCUGAUCUUGCGGCACCCUCCCACCUGCAGCAGGAGCAGCAUCAGGCUCCACAAGCUCCUCCCACUCCUGGUUCUGACACACUCUCGACCACACCUGUCUGCACACCUGCUCAGAAGCCUCAGACCAACAGUCAGAGGAUCCUCCAUGCGCCGAGGCCCACGUCACCAUCAGUACGGCAGGACAGACCGAGGACGGUCCCAAACAUCCUGUCUCGCAGUAAGCAUGCAGCUCGGCCAAUGACGAUGCGCCAACAGACUGUGGACGAGUCGCUGUGUUUUCAGGCUGUGGUACCGGCUGAGGUUCUGUCUCUGGUCAGUGCUGCAUUGCCAGAGCAACAGGCCGUGACCCUGAACCCGCUGGUGGCAGAACAGACAGUUCUGCAGACGCCACCUGCACCAGGUCUGGCCUCUGUCACCCUCAACAUUCCCAAUAUAGCCAAUCAGGUCAUUCAUCUCACCUCACUGCCCCACCCCCCAACAGCUGAGAACAUCAACAACCUGCUGCAGCUGGUUCAGCCAUCAGCCACACUGCAGCAACAACAACAACAGCAGCAGCAGCAGCAACAACAACAACAACAACAACAACAACAACAACAACAACAACAACAGACAGCAGCAGCAACAGCAACAGCAGCAGCAGCAGCAGCAGCAGCAGCAGGUCCCAGGGAGUCAGCAUCCUCCUGCUCCUCCUGCAGUCUCCACAGGAUUAGACCACUCUUCAGACCAGGACAAAGACCAGGACCAGCCCCCUGCCCAGACUGACUCCACACCUGAGUCAUCCUCUUCUUCAUCGGCUCUACCCUCCGCUCUGUGCCCACAGCCAAGCACUGAUCUUCAGGUCCCAGUGGACCUUCAGGUCCCUCCAGGACCGGAGCGGCAGGAGACCAAGGAGGAGCCUGACAACGAGACCUUGACCUCCCUUCUCAAUGAGAUUGUCUUCCUCAACCAGACCGUGUCCACAGGGCGACAGGAGCGGGGACACACCCAGAGACCCCGGCUCCUGCGGCUGGACUCGGACUCCAGUGACACCGUCACCAUGGAGACGGAUGGGGCAGGACCUAAUGACCCCACACAGAGCAAAGCGCUGCCUGGACCUGCUAAUGGAAACACUACAGGUGGUGUCCUGGCCCCGCCUCCUCUGUUGCAGAUGAAGGUGGGCGGGGCCAAGAUGGCGGACCCUGCCAGCAGACCCAUGCCGAGGCUGGUUCCUCUGGGGCUGAGAGGAAACCCACCCAGCUGACUGAUGAUGUCCCGGCUGGUUUAGGACCUCAUUGGUCGCCUGCAGGCACUUCUCUUAUUGACUGAGAAGUUUGCACAUUUCAGAGACAGCUUGUGUCAAAUCACUUUCUGUGAGACAGAAACACGUGACACCUGGCAGCCAAUCAGGAGCCCAGCUGUUUACUGACGAUUGGCGAACGUGUUCAGUACAUUUGUUAGUUUUUACUUAUUUUUUUCCAAGUUUUGAGGCAACAAUGUGCAACCAACCACGGCAACUUUUAGGACACCAGUUGACGACUCGCGGUUGCCAUAGGAACCAUGUUGGCAGAAGAGAUUUUUCACCAAACAGAAAGAGACUGUUGGUGUAACGAGUGCCUCUCAUACCCAAAGAUCUGAAUGUCUUGUUUAUAUUUUUCUUUUCAUUGUUAGACACUCAAUAUAAGCUACCUUCAGUUUGCAGUUUUUAGUUGUUGUUCUUUGUGGGUUGUUUUUCACGACGGCGUAACAACGAGCACUGAUUUCGAGGGUUAGGGUUAAUU